GCGCAAUUCAACCGUCAUAGUAGGCAUAGGUAGAGAAUAAUAGACGUACGUAAUUUAUCAUUUAGUUUUAUGAUACCUCGCUUCAGUGUUCAUGCAGUACGUUCUUCGUACAUUCAUGUUAUACGCAUAGAGGUUAAAAAAUGAUCUUCCAAAGAGUCACGGUGUUUUUUACGUUGUUCGUAUUUUUCGUUUUUUGUGACACUGGUUUUGUUGAUAACCUUCCAAAAUGUCACCUCAAUGAUGAUGAAUGUUUAAGAGAUCUGUACGAAACAGUGAUCAGGGAUAUUGGUAAGCAUGGAAUACCAGACCUGAACAUUCCACCAGUGGACCCAAUUCGUCUGACAAAUGUAACUGUGUCUGUACUGAAUAUUAUGAACAUCACAAUGAUAGAAGGAGUUGCCAAAGGCAUUAAAGACUGCCUUUUUGAAAAAUUCAGUAUAAACAUUACUUCAGAAAUCGGCCAUCAAGAGAACACAUGUGAUCUGACUAUCAAAGGACAUUACAAGAUUGAUACGACGAGCUCCUUAGCAGAAAACAUUCUGGGAGGAAUGUCAGUACACGGUGAUGGGAAUGGGAAAGUCAAAAUUGACAAAGUGCAUUUGAAAUUUGAUUUUCCUUUUUACGCCCAAAGGCGCGAUGACGGCGAGAUCUACAUAAAAUGCAUUUACGACCUCAUCAAGUACGACUAUGAAUUCGGAGGGAAAGUCACUUUCUUUGCCGAUAAUCUUUAUGUUGGUGAACAGGAAAUCAGCGCUUCUAUCAUACCGAUGUUGAACGAAAAUUGGCGUUUCGUGAUGUCAGGUUUUGGUCAGCCAUUCGUGGACAAAGCCAUGGAGUUCUACUUCAGAUUCGCUGGUUACUUCUUCGAUAAUAUUCCUGCUAGACAUUACAUCAUUGAUGACCUGUCGCCUUAUGCUAAACCCUAAUUUGAAAAAUUGUCCUCAAUUUGGUUGUCAAGGUUGUACCUCAGUUUUGUUGUUAAUUGACUUAAAUAAAGAGUAUUAUGUAUUAAUUGUUCAAUA